AUGGCUACAACCCCUUUAACAGCCAUCGACACUCGGCUGGACAUGUACCAAAGAGGUUUCGCAUAUCAAACCCGGGAUACUCUUCUCGGUUUCAAAGAAACACAGCAUCGUCCUGAGCGGCCUUUGUCAUCCGCAACUGUAUUCGAUACUGACUUCGAGGAUGAUGUAAGUGAUGUUGAGGAAUUCGAAGAUCACCAAGAUACUCCACAAUAUGCAGAAGAGGCCGCAUAUGGAUCGGAUUUCGAGGAAGACUUGGACUACCCACGCCUGAGUUAUAGAUCAGGAGGUCGAGCGAGUGAAACUACAUUAUCCUCCUACGAAGAAGUAUUUACACCCACAUCGGCCUCAAAUGAAUUUCAAUCCUUCAAUUUCGACUUGGGUCCGAAAAAGCCGGUCGAAGGACCUCGGGGACCACAUUUAUUUCGCAGCUCUGUUUCCUCGUCGCUGGAUAUCCCGGAUCAAUAUGUUUUGGAAAUGUCACCAAUAAGUCCACAGCCAUCGAUACUCACACCGCGACACCAAAUCAGCCCGUCUACUCCAGUCUCACCAGAUAGUCCUACAAGACGCCAGCGAUUAUCUCUAUUGACCGAAAAUAUCGCGGAUCUGAACCUGAAUGACAUCACUCACUGGACGCCACGCCAAGUCGCAAGAUGGAUGCACGAUGCAGGUUUCGAAUGGUCGAUUGUUGAGAAAUUCGAAGAGAAUGACAUCUCGGGUGCGAUUCUGACUACUCUUAAAUUCGAGGAUCUCCGGGAAUUGGGCAUCUCAUCAUUUGGACAACGAACAAAAGUUUGGAACGAGAUUCACAUCUUGCGAGGAAGUGCACCAAGUACGCCUAAGCCAAUUACCCCCAUCGAAGAAACUUCUCCAGCCACGGAAUUCCGUUUGAUCAGAGAUAGAUCGGAAAGAGGUAGACAAGAGAAUUGUUCGAACGGUCAAGAGAGAGGUCAAUCUCGAAGGCGCAAGGCUUCAAAAAGAGCAAAUAAACACGAAACUGUUUUGCCGUUAGAAUCUAUUUCAAUUGUGGGUAUCGAACAACUUAUGCCGAAACCACAUAAGUGCUCAAAGGGAGAAAAUUGUUCGAAGUGGAGGAAACAACAACGGUUGAUCGCUGCUUUCAAUAAGGAUCAUCCGAUCAGUCCCGAAGAAGGUGGCUCGCUACUUAUCGCUGGAGAUCCAGGAAAUGCUCUUACAGCUCGUCCAAUCUCCGAUGCAGUACCUUCGGUUGUGGCAUCCUCGGAUGUUCUUGGUCCUGGAUCUACUCCUGCUCUUCGUUAUUUAGAAGAGGAGAGCCUAAGAAAUGUUGGGUUACGUGAUCCUCAAGAUAAUGUGAAGCAAUUUAUCAGAUUCCAGCAUCUCGCACCGAACCAAUCAUCCGAACAGCCUCCAACCCCUCCAUACGAAAUGUUUCCGCCACUAAAAGGACCUAUCGCAGGUCUCAGGGGGCUGCCUAAACUUUCUAUUCCUCCACCUCGUCCUGAACAACCCAUCAGAUCCCAGAGUGCCAAUGGAUACGGUCCUUGCAGUGCAACCGCCGUUCCAAACAGCGCUAUUGCAUUUUCACCUUAUCACAUGGAUCGCGCAGAAGCUCUCUCUCCAGAGCUCCGCAACGAAACCCGCUCUCCUUCGGUCUAUCGAUUUGGUACUCCCUUUUCCGAGAUGGAUGUGCCGGUUACCGCUGUACCUAUGAGUCCUGUCGCAAGAGAGGCUUCUCAGUCCGUUCCACCCAAUAUGACCUACCGUCCAAUCACCAACACAUCUACCAACAACUCGAUGGCCAACUCUCUUCAACGCAGUCUUUCUCGUGUCUCUAAUCGUCGUCCCUCUCUUCUUCCCCGAGUUGAUGAGUAUCGAGCCACUCAAUCAACCCAGCCAGCCCAAGUCCAGAUUCUUUCCAAUGAACCAGCCCACACAUUUCCUGAAAGUACAAACACUAUCAGAGAUCCUACGCACCCAGUGGGUAUCGCAACCUCUAUCCGUGCCUACUCUACAACCGAUCCGUGGGCUCAGUUCGGCGGUCCAAAUCCCAAUCCAACUCACAGCACUACAUCAAUACCCCUUCCACCCCAUUCCUCCUCUACAUCUUCCUCUAACACCUCCUCCCCAGAGAAAGACACACCUUCCUAUGCUGGCUGGAUGAAAAAGCGCCGCACCAAGAUGCUUCGUCAUGAAUGGCACGAACACCACUUUACACUCCGCGGCACCACGCUUGCUAUGCACAAAGAUGCUCGUGCGCUCGAUGUUUUAGAAUACAUCGAUGUCGACGAUUACGCCAUUGCUUGUUCAUCUUUAGCGUCCUCUUCUAAACUCAACGCAGCAUUUAAACGAGUGAAUAUUGCGAUGGGACGUGGAAAUGAUCGAGAUAAGAAAGUUGACGUAUUUGCUUUUCAAUUAAUCCCGCAGGCGAUUGAAAAGGGUGUGAAGUUGAAAAAGAGAGAUAGCUUGAUGCCGAGUGGCAUGGGGAAUGCAGGAGCGAAUAAUAAAACGCAUUAUUUUGCGGUGAGGAGUAGAGAUGAGAGGAUUGAUUGGAUGAGAGAGUUGAUGUUGGCUAAGGCGUUGAAACAGAAGAGUGAGGGGUAUGAGGUUAAUGUUAAUGGGAAUAUGAUUUAG